AUGACCAGAAUAUUUGUAGACACCUUGAAGGACCCGUUCUUUGAUAGAUUAGUGAGCAGUGCAGCAUCUGGCUUCUCACAUCUAGUCACAAUUGGAGAUUGCAUAGAGAAGGGGUUAAGGGAUGGAAAGAUUACAGGAGUUGGACAGCUCCUAGUGCACCGAAAAAAUAUUCUGGAGGCUUCCCGAAGAAAAGAGAAGGUGAAACAAAAUUCCAUAUCCAGAAACUAUAAAGGGAAGAAACAUGCUUCAUACGGUCAAGUCGCAGCCGUGGUACCCAUACCUUAUCAACAGCCAAUGCAGCAACAACAAAUGUAUCAACCACAACAUCAGCAACAUCAUCAUCAGCAAAAUACCGCGACACCAAGACAAUUUAAGCCAAGACCUCCAAGAAGGCAGCUUGAUCCCCUACCAGUACCUUAUAGCCAUAUAUUCCCAUAUUUGCAAAAAGAGGGCCUUCUAACAUUAAGGGAGUUAAAACCUGUUAUUUUUCGAUAUCCAUCCAGAUACGAUGCUAAUGCCCAUUGUGAGUUUCACAUGGGAGCACCUGGUCAUACCUUGGAGAAUUGUUUUGCAUUUCAAAAUUGGGUACAAGACUUGAUCAAAGCAAAUGCCGUCUCUUUCACUCCAAGACGCCCGAACGUGAACACCAAUCCCAUGCCAAUGCACAAGGAUGCUUCCGUCAGUGCCAUUGAGGAGAAUGAUCAAGGAAAAUUGAUCCGUAAGGUUGAAGAGAUUCAAACCCCUAUCACCAGGAUAGGAGCACAAUUGCUGAAGAGUGGUCUAAUCCCUGAGGAGUUAGUUGCUGAAGAGAAUAAUGAAGAGUUGAGGAAUUUUAUACAACAAAUGUUGGAUCGAGGCGAGUUACAGAUAAAUUGUCGUGUCAAGAGCAAGCACCAGGAAGAGAUAGCCGUGGUGGACAUCCCUUAUGAUGAGGUUAAAGUAGAAAUACCUAUAAGCCCAUUGGUGAUAGAGUUCCCAACACCAUUCGAAUAUAAAGAUGAGAAGGCAUUCCCGUGGAUAUAUCAGCCCAGAGCUUUUAAGCAGGGGCAGGAAGAUCAACCUUUGAUGAUCAACGAACCAAAUGUCACUUCAAUUGUGGGGCCAGCAGGAAUGACACGUAGUGGCCGAGUGUUCGCGCCAAGAACUGCUGAUACUUCUGCAAAAGCCAAAGGGAAGGAAGCCGCUGUCCAGAUCCCCAUCCAUAAUCAAGAAAUGCAAGACAUGCACCUAUCUCCUAAAGCUGCAGUUACUCGUGAAGAGGCCGAGGAAUUUCUGAGGAUAAUCAAGAAGAGCAAUUAUAAGGUGGUAGACCAACUGAAUCAAACACCUUCAAAGAUCUCCAUGUUAUCUCUAUUGCUCAACUCAUAA